GCCACCGCACACCGCCGCCGCCGUCGCCGUCGUCACUGUCGCUGCUGCCGCCAUUGCCGUCUCAAGGGGCCUCCGCGCGCAUUCCAGGGUAGAAUUCCUCAGAUUCUCUUGUCUCCGAUCUGCCAAUUCCGUGCGAAAAUCGUCUAAUUCUCGUACCGCCUCCGCGCCUGUCCCUCCUCUCGCAUCGUCGCCGUCUCUGUCGCUCGCUCCGCUCCAUCGUCGCCAUGUUUCGCAAUCAGUACGACACUGACGUCACCACGUGGAGCCCCGUCGGUCGCCUGCAUCAGGUCGAGUAUGCCAUGGAGGCAGUGAAGCAGGGCAGUGCAGCAGUGGGCCUGCGCAGCAACACGCACGCGGUGCUCGCCACGCUCAAGCGUGCCGCCUCCCCCCUGGCGUCGUACCAACGCAAGAUAUUCCGCGUGGACGACCACAUGGGGAUCGCCAUCGCUGGGCUGAACGCCGAUGGGCGUGUUUUGUGCCGCUUCAUGCGCUCCGAGUGCCUGACGCACAAGUUUGUCUUCGAGUCCCCUCUUCCAGUGGGCCGCCUUGUCUCCAUGGUAGCAGACAAAUCUCAGGUGUGCACACAGCGCUCCUGGCGCCGCCCGUACGGCGUGGGGCUCCUGGUGGCGGGAUUUGACCAGACCGGCCCCCACAUCCUUCAAACCUGCCCGUCGGGCAACUUCUGGGAAUUCCACGCCAUGGCGAUCGGGGCGCGUUCCCAGGCCGCCAAGACGUACCUGGAGCGGAAAUUCGACUCGUUCGGGGCGUGUUCGCUGGACGAGCUGGUUCGACACGCGCUGCUUGCUGUGAAGGAGUCUCUGCAGGAGGGGGAGCUGAGUGGGGCGAACUGCAGUGUGUCGAUCGUGGGGGAGGGGCAUGCGUUCAGCAUUCUGACAGACGAGCAGGUGCAGGAGCAUAUAGACAGGAUGGAGAAUGAGGAGGGCGGGCAGGGCGGGGCGGCGAAGGAGGAGGUGACGGUGGUUGAGGAGGUGGAGGUGGAGGAUGUGGAGGAGGUUGAGGGGGAAGGGGAAGGCGGGGCGGGAGGUGGGGAGGGGUCUGAGGGUCCUGCUCCUAUGGAGGCUUGAUGAUGGGUUGAGGUGGGGGAGUGAGUAGAGGGUGACGACCGAUUGGGCGGAUUGUUUGGAAAGUGUGCUAUGUGGUGCGUGGAUUGCUAUGCCUGUGUUCAGUAGUGUUAUACCAAUAGCUAUGAUUGUGCGUGAAACUCUUAGCAUGCCUAUGGUACGCAGAAAAGGCUGUUUGAGAUAGCCUAACG